AUGGGUCUCUUCACGACGCUUCCCGACGAGCUUGCGGAAGUGGAUAUCAUCGUCGUUGGAGGAGGAACGGCGGGCUGUGUCAUUGCAUCGAGGCUGGCAGACACGGAUCCGCAAUGCGCCAUCCUAGUGAUCGAAGGGGGUCCGAACAACCUGGACUUGCCCGCGGUUGCGCAUCCAGCGCUAUAUCGAGGCAAUUUCAUGCCUGGCAGCAAGACGAUCCAGCCAUAUCUGCCACGCAAGGAAGAGCAUUUGUCCGGCAGAACAGCUAUCGUGUUUGCAGCCAGUGUCCUAGGAGGCGGAUCCUCUGUCAACGCAGCUAUGUAUAACCGCCCCCAGCGUGACGAUUUGGAUUCUUGGAACACGCAGGGCUGGUCAGCCGACGAGCUCCUCCCGUCCCUGACAAAGUUCGAGACGUAUCACGGCCGGGGGGAUGAAGCAUGUCAUGGCGCCAGCGGGCCGAUCAAGGUCUCCAGUGGAACCUACACCUCGGACGCCAUGGCGGACGACUUCGUUGCCGCCAUGAAUAAGACAGGCUUCCCCGAGGUCCGGGACUUACAGGACCUCGUAUCUGCCAACGGGGUUUCGCGCACAUAUCGCUACGUGUCGCCGGACGAUGGUCGGAGGCAAAACGCCGCCACGGCAUACCUGCACCCACGACUUCGAGACGGUCAUCAUCCAAACCUCAAUGUGCUUGUCGAGUCGCAGGUCGUGCGUGUCCUUUUCGACCAAGACAAGCGAGCGACGGCGGUCGAGUACAGGCCGAACCCUAAUAUCCGGACUGAAGCAACCGGAGAUCUGAGACGUACGGUCAAAGCCAGAAAGCUUGUGGUCAUCUCGGCGGGGACACACAGUACGCCAUCCAUGCUCGAAAGGUCCGGGAUUGGGAGCCGUGAAGUUUUGGACCGCGCAGCCGUGCCUGUGCUCUGUGAUCUACCAGGUGUGGGCCGCAACUACCAGGACCACCAGAUGACGGUAUACACCUACAAAUCCAGUAUGCGUGCAGAGGAUACUACCGAAAGUGUCAUUGACGGUACGAGAGAUGUCGCCCAGCUCUUAGGGAACAACGAUAAGUUCCUCAGCUGGAAUGGCGUCGACGCUUCGGCGAAAAUCCGACCGACUGAAUCAGAAGUCGACAGUAUGGGCAGCGGGUUCCGCGAAGUCUGGGAUAGGGACUUCAAAAACGCUCCCAACAGACCUCUCGGGCUGAUUUUCUCCGUGGCAGGGAUCCUCGCUGACCCUACUCUGUUUCUACCGGGCCAAUUCUUCUCCCUGGCCUGCUACACUGCAUACCCCUACUCGAGGGGCCACGUGCACAUCACCGGACCCGAUCUCGAGGACCCCCUCGACUUCGAAACAGGCUUUCUCUCCGACCGCGACGAUAUUGAUCUGACGACGCAAGUCUGGCUGUAUAGGACACAACGCCAAGUGGCUCGAAGAAUGCGUUUCUACAGGGGCGAAACUCAUCUCCACCCAAGACUUCCCGGACGGUCGAAUGCGGAAAGCCUCGCGGAGCCAGCAUCAGACGAAGAAGCAGGGUCGGAGAUUCAAUACUCGCCCGAAGACGACGAGGUCAUCCGACAAUGGGUCCGUGAGCAUAUCGGCACGGCUUUCCACUCUAUCGGCACAUGCAAGAUGGCGCCAGUUGAGGAGCUGGGUGUGGUAGACAAGGACUUGAACGUGCAUGGCGUUCACAUGCUGAAGGUGGCGGACUUGAGCAUUGUGCCGGAGAAUGUCUCUGGCAAUACGAUGAGCACGGCCCUGAUGAUCGGCGAGAAGGCGGCAGAUAUCAUCAUCAAGGAUUUGGGACUCGCUUGCCGGGGAUGA